AUGUUAGAUGGAGUGGACGGCCCGGCGGGCAUAGCUGGCCUCACUGACACCGUGGUGGUCGGGGAGCUGGGCCAGCCGCUCAGCGUCAGGUGCAUGGCUUACGGAUACCCGACGCCCUCGAUAUACUGGUACCACGGAAGAAACGGACCCAUGGUGCCCUUCAGCAGCCCGCAGUAUGAAGCCAGAGAUAACAUCCUACAAAUAAGGAAACUGUCCAUUGAUACACUCGGAGAAUACAUCUGCCAAGCUUACAACGGAAUCGGGAAACCUGUGGACUGGGCUUUAAUAGUACAGGCGUAUAGAUCCGAUGAUACCGAGAACUCGCCGUACUUGGUGUCACGACAACAUGAAGUAUUGAUAACGCCUAGGGAACCUCAGACCGAAGCCACAACAACGAUCGCUCCGGAAAUUGAGAUUCCUGUCUACACCGUUCCCGUUACAACUCGUAUUGUGUCUGAACGCACGCGGCUGGCGGCCGGAUCGGAGCUGAAUCUGUUGUGUGAAGUCGAUGGUUACCCUGUGCCUGAGGUCUACUGGACCAAGGAUACAGUCAGAAUAACUUCCGAUGAGAGAAUCAGAGCCACAGAGGCGCGAUUGACGGUGAUGAGAACGAACACUAACGACUCCGGCGUGUACAGCUGCCACGCAUUCAACGCCUAUAACUCUCAUUACUCCAGUGUGGAGAUCAGCGUUGAAGGUCUGUACAUUCCACCCACGUGCAAGGAUAAUCCGUACUUCGCCAACUGUCACCUCAUAGUACGCAGCAAGUUCUGUCACCACAAAUAUUACUCCGGAUUCUGCUGCAAGUCUUGCGUGGAGGCUGGUCAGUUGGACCCUCGAGAGAUGGAGCUGCAAGCGGACAGCCCUCUGUACCGAAAGUAG